AUGAACGGCGUCGAGCUCAAUGCUCUUCGGAACGGGAACCAGCAAUCUCCUGUCCUUGAAUCCGGCCUCAAGUCUUCUUUCAUUAACGACGGCCACGACGACGAAGAUGCUUUUUCGGAAAACGGUGAUGACGAAGAGGCACUCUUGAGCACUUCCUAUGAACAUCGAAGAAAUGACAGGUCAGUUGUCAAGGCUGGGCGAUGGCCUCAGGUCAAGGAUAUCGUUAUAGAGGCCGCUCCCACACUUCUAUUCACGACGAUAGGUCUUCUAUUCACUGGUGAACUGUUGGACCAUGUUUCGCGAUGGAGAGCAAUGCGGGAAGUUGACCAGCUUAUAAUGAUCAUUCCAGUCAUCCUCAACCUGAAAGGCAACCUCGAAAUGAAUCUUUCCGCUCGAUUGGGAACUGCAGCAAACGUCGGGGAAUUAGACGACCCUCAUAUAAUGCGGAAAAUUAUCUUCGGGAAUCUCUCGCUACUGCAAGUACAAGCCACAGUCGUUUCGUUCGUCGCAGCAUGUGUGUCCUUCGUUCUUGGAUUCAUUAUACCGCGCGCAGAAAUUCCGGCUACACAACCAUCGGAAUCCACAUUGGCUACGCGUCAAUUGCUCGGCCUACUUCCACGGAGACCUCGACCCACUUUGCCACCUGUGGACACGUCCCGCAAGUUCGGAAUCCACUCAUUUUUUAUGGUGGUCUCUACCGCAAUGAGUGCUGCAUGCCUUUCUAGUCUAAUCUUGGGAUCAUUUAUGUGCACUCUCAUCGUUAUAUGUAAACGAUACGGUCGUAAUCCAGAUAAUAUCGCCCCACCUAUCGCUUCGUGUCUGGGGGAUCUGGUAACCUUACUUCUCAUCGGCGUCGUCUCCACCCUACUCAUUCCCUUCCUCAAUGGUUUUAUCCCGAUCCUUGUCGUCAUCGUCGUGCUCCUCUCAUUUCUCUUUUCCUUCGCGGCAACAUAUCGCAAUUUAUACGUCAAAGAUCUCAUCAAGCAGGGCUGGGUACCACUUUUCGGCGCUAUGAUAAUUAGCUCUACAACUGGUAUCGUUCUCGACCUAUUUGUCAGUCGUUACGAAGGAUUCGCAUUGUUGGCUGUGGUAAUUAGUGGUUUACCGGGAAGCGUGGGCUCCAUAUUCAUCUCUCGACUUUCGACCACCCUUCACGCGGUAGCACUCUCUGCUGCCCCUAGCGGAACAUUCCGACCGUCCAAAAACUCUGCUGAACCCAGCUCGAACCUCGUCAUGAUAGUCUUAAUACUCAUCACCAUCCCGGUGGAAAUUAUUUUUCUUUCCGUGCUUCAUGGUCUCGGAUGGCUCCACCCUCCAUUCCUCUUCAUCGCCUUUUCAGUGGUUUUCUUCUGUUGCGCGGCAAGUCACUUACUAUCCCUCUCCACUGUUACCGCCUCACUAUUCAUUGCCCGGUCAUUAACCCACUUUCUGUGGUCAAGAAAUUUGGAUCCCGAUACAUAUGCUCUGCCAAUACAUUCUGCUCUCAUGGACCUCAUAGGACAACUACUGCUUGUCUUAUGUUUUGAAAUUGUGACUCUACUUGGUGCUGUCCCUCACACAAAAGCAACCUCGGAGGCCAAUUAG